AUGGCUGCUACUGCGACAACAACAGCGACGACGACGACAAAGGCCAAGCCGGUCUCCAAGGCUGGUGCCAAUGGCACCCCCAAGCAGAAGACACAGAUGCAUCGCCGUUCCAGGACAGGAUGCUACACAUGCAGGUUAAGGAGGAAAAAGUGCGAUGAGGGCUCACCCAUGUGCACGGCUUGCAAGCAUCUCGGCCUAGUAUGCGAAUACAAGCGGCCGAUGUGGUGGAGCAACAAUGAUGCGCGGAGGAAGCACAAGGACGAAAUCAAGAUGAUCAUCAAGCGUAAGAAGCUGUCAGAGAAGCCGACGCAUACGAUCCAAACUUCGAUUGGGUCACCGCCAGGCCUUUCGCAUUCCCUCCCAACCUCUGCAACCUUCUCCGAUCCCCUCGACCGCGCGCGAUCAGCCUCGAUCGACUCGCACUUUGGCUUCAACUUCAACAGCCCGCAAAGUUCGCAUGAAUUCGGCCCAUUUACACCGCAGAUGCACCCCGAGUUCAUGUUCUCGCCUUUUUCACCUUACGAGAUCGAUGUCAGGACUGAAAGGCAGAUGUUUAUCAACGACAUUCCGACUUUGAAGGAAUCCACAACGUCCACCUUCAGCACAUACCAGACCCCUCCGCCGCCGGGCGUCAUCCUAUCACAAUUCCCUCUGGAAGGCGAAUGGACGGAGCAGGUAUACUCGGAGCGGCGGGAGUCGCUAACUGAAGAGACGCUCAACGUCAACUUUUUCGAUUUCUCCAACGGGCCGUCGACAAGCUCAAGGCAAGUCGCAAUAGAGCUUGACGAGGGCGAUCAACGGUUGCUUGAUCACUUCAUUCAAUUCGUGCUUCCCACCAUCUUCCCUAUCCUGGAGUCCAAUCAGCGCGGGUCGGUAAGCUCCGAUCUCAUCCUGCCGGCACUGCAGAACAACAAGGGCUACCUCCACUGCUGCUUGAGCAUCGCUGCUCAGCACUACAAGGCAACAACGGGCCUGCAGGGCGACGAGAUUGAUGGGGACAUCAUGCGACACCGGUACGCGACCAUCUCGGCGCUGUGCGACGCGCUCAACCGGGACGAGAACCAUCAACAGAUCCUAGAAGCUGCCCUCGGCCUCAUCUUCUUCCAGUGCUGCGUCGGCCGCUUUGACGACUCGCUUCCCGACAUCCCCUGGCACCAGCACUUUCAGGCCGCCAUUUCGCUUGUCCAAAAGCUCGACCUUCCCCGGAUCGUGUCGGACCCCAACGAGCCGCUCACUCAAGCGCCCUUCAACAUGACCCUCACUGCGUGGAUUGACAUUCUGGGCGCGACGAUGCAAGGCCGCGCGCCGACAUUUGCGCACACGUACCGGGAAAAGCACCUGUCCCAAACCAACCCGUCGCUCGGCCUUCGCGAGCUAAUGGGGUGCGAGGACCGCGUCAUGUAUCUCAUCUCGGAGAUUGCCUGCCUCGAGGCGCUGAAGAAGGACGGCAUGGACGACAUCACGCUGUGCCAGCAUGUCCACGUGUUGGGCGACCAGAUUGGCCUGACCGAGAUGAGCGAGGGCGCGGCCACCCCCGUGCUGCCCUUCAACGCCAACGGCUCGCUCAGCCCCAAGCAGUUGAGCAAGAACAUAACGGCCGCCUUCCGCCUCGCCGCCCGCAUCUACCUCUGCAGCCUCGUCCCGGGCUUUUCCCCCGCCCAGGCGAGCUGCGUCGGCCUGGUUGAGAAGCUCGUCGCCGUUCUGCAUACAAUCCCCUCCGGCCCGGCGGGCUUUGACCGCUCGCUGUCGUGGGUUUACCUUGUGGGCGGCAGCGUGAGCGUGGCAGGGAGCUCGUUCCGUGCCUUCUUUGAGGACCGCGUAGCGCAGCUGGGCGACCUGGCGAACUUUGGGAGCUUUGGGCGGGUCGCGUGCCUGCUGAGAGAGGUCUGGCUGCAGCUCGAUUCGCAGGCCGUGUCUUCAUCGUCGUCUCCUCAGGACGGGGAGGCUCCACGGCAGCCGCAGCCGCAGCAGCAGUACAUCCACUGGCGGGAUGUCAUGCAGAUGAAAGGCUGGGAUUACUUGCUCAUCUGA